AUGAGGGAUCUUCUCCAGUAUGUUGCUUGUUUCUUUGCCCUUUGCUCCACCGGAUUUUUGGUUGUAGCCACCUGGACAGACUGUUGGAUGGAGAAUGCCGACGAUUCUCUGGAGGUGAGCACAAAAUGCCGAGGCCUCUGGUGGGAGUGUGUCACAAACGCUUUUGAUGGAAUUCGCACCUGUGAUGAGUAUGAUUCUAUACUUGCAGAGCACCCCUUGAAAUUGGUGGUAACUCGGGCAUUGAUGAUUACUGCAGAUGUUUUAGCUGGGUUUGGAUUUAUCACUCUUCUCCUGGGCCUGAACUGUGUGAAAUUCCUCCCCGAUGAACCAUACAUGAAAAUCCGCAUCUGCUUUGUUGCUGGAACCACAUUGCUGAUAGCAGGUGCCCCAGGAAUCAUUGGUUCUGUGUGGUAUGCUGUUGAUGUUUAUGUGGAACGUUCUUCCCUGAUUUUGCAUAACAUAUUUCUUGGCAUCCAAUAUAAAUUUGGCUGGUCCUGUUGGCUUGGAAUGGCCGGAUCUCUGGGUUGUUUUUUGGCUGGAGCUCUCCUCACAUGCUGCUUAUACUUCUUCAAAGAUGUCAAAUCUGGGAGGACCUACCCUUAUUCCAGGAGAAAGUCAUAUUCCACUGCAGCUGUUUCCAUGGCCAAGUCCUACAUGACCCGUAGAACAGAGACUGCCAAAAUGUAUGCGGUAGACACCAGGGUGUGA